AUGCCCGAACGAAAAUCCAACACAGAACAAAUACCCACAACUGCUCUCAGAAGAUCCCCGAGGUUUCUCCAGUCUAAUCAACCCGAACAUCAAAACCCAGUAACCCGGAAAUCCGAACCCAGUAAAAUUCGGGUUCAAAAUUCUUGUCCCACCCCCAUUAGCUCCUCAUUUCAAAGUUGCCCGAGCAAUACCAAGAAAGAUGAAGUUUCGACUAAGCGAAAAGAAACAGAUAUUGUGUCGAAAAGAACAAGAAAAUUGAGUAAUGGGUCAAGACGAUACGCGAGAUCUGAUGGCAGAGCUGAUGAGAGAAACAAUGGAAAAGACAUUGAUUUGGGGAAGAAAUAUGUGAUAGAAAGGAGGGUGACCCGGAGAAGCAAAGAGGAAGUUUCAAAGAAGCAAAAGGAAACGGAUACCGGAUCGAAAAGGUUAAAAAUUUCGAGUAAUGGGUCAAGAUCUGAUGGCAGAGUUGGGAAGAAAAAUGGAGAAGGCAUGGAUUUGGGUAAUCAAUAUGUGAUAGAAAGGAGGGUGACUCGGAGUUUGACUCGGGAGAAUAGGAAUGUAAGUAUUGAGGUUACUGAUUGCAUUCCAAGGGAUGAUUGCAGUAUAAGAGUAAGGGAUUUGUCAGACGAAGGAAAGGCUAAAUUUGGUGUCAAUUUGUCUGAGCAGUUUGAGCGUAACGCGGAGAAGAGGGUUGUUUGUCCUGGUCGAGUGACAUUUUGCAAGUACGUUGAGAAGGGAAGCAAUAAUUUGACUGAGUGUUCGGAUAAAAGAAAGGCCAAACCUAAACAAAGUAUAAGUAAAUUUGACGAUAGAGAAUGGGAUGCUAUAAUGGCAGGAGGUGACGUAAAGGAAGGGAAUGGGUGUAAAGGAAAAGCAUUGAUCCAUGAGAACAGGAGUAGAAGUCAAAUUGAGGAAGAGCAUAGUAUUGUUCACGGAUGGACUAAGGAACAGGAAUUGGCAUUACAAAGAGCUUAUUUAACUGCAAAACCAACGCCACACUUCUGGAAGAAAGUUGCUCGGAUGGUGCCUGGAAAAUCUGCACAGGAAUGUUUCGAUAGAAUUCAAUCAGAAAACUUGACCCCAUCUCAUCCUCGAGUGCGUUCAAGGGCAAGGAAAAAGAAUGAAUCACCCCUCUUGCUUUCUGCGAGUAAAUUGCUGAUUUCGGCUGAAACAAAAAUUAAAAAAUUUAGAUCCAGCAAGAGGAAGAGCCUUCUUGCCCAAAAGACUGUAAGACAACUAUUAGAAAAGCAGCAGAAUACAGAUCAAGAUUAUGAAGCAGAUUUGUUUACAGUUCUUGAGCCAACAACAAGUCCAUCUACUAAAUAUUUUGACGAGAAUGCUGCAUUCGCCACCCCAGUACAGAGCAACAAAGGACAUGGCCUCCUCAAAAAAUGCCAAAAAAAGUCUUCUUCAGCUCAUAAGAAGCAACUUUCAAGAUUAAAGAGCUCGUGCAAUGCAGCUUUUGUAAGCCCCCCAGUUCUUAAACAGAUUAAAAACAAAGCAUUACAUGAGAAAUACAUAGAUCAGCUACAUUGGAGGGAAGCCAGGAGAAAGGCAGCAUCAUUAAAGAAUGCCAAGUGUAUUAAAAGCAAAAAUGACAAAACCGACAGUCAUUUUGAAAAUGAAAAUGCAGUUAAAGCUGCAAAAGAUGCUCUGAUUUUCAAUACACAAGAAGCUAUCAAUCAGCUCAGAAGUCAGCAGUCGAGCAAAAUAAACAUUGAUGACAUUGGUGACGAUUGCUUUCUUAGUGAUGUGGAUGAAGGCGAAGAUGGAUUUUUAUAG